AUGGCAUCCCGGAACCGCCAUCUCAUCUCCUUCUCACGCACACCAACCCGCCGUCGACGCGUCCGGGUCCUCCUCCCCGGCCUCCGCCCGGUCGGCGACACUGCUCACGGUCGCGGCAGCCGCCCUUGUCACCAAGCUCCGCAGGGCCCAGGCCCUCUCCGGCGGUCGUGCGCUGGCCGUCGCAGGCGGAUCUCCGUUGGGGCGUCUUCGAGGUCCAAGGAGGCAGGCGGCCCUGCGACCACCACAUGGUCUCGCCGGUACAUACAGCCCGUCGGCCCCUGCCGGCAGUGCUCGGUCCCCAUCGACAACGCCGCUCCUGGUGCUGCACACGAUGAUGGCGUAGGUAGCGAUGCAGGCAGCAUUGGGCGCACUCAACUCAAUGGUGUUGACCUCAGCCGUUGUGGCAUUCCCGAUCGCCGUGAACAAGUAUAG